GUGACAACGUCAAAGUAGAAAAUAGGUUAAAUAAUUCGGCCCGGUCGACAUUAAAUUGAUACUUAUCUUUACAUUCUCCUUUUAUUGCUAAAAUAAUGCUCUAAUGCGUUGUGUCCUACUUACGUGAUUGUCAGUUUUCCCCACAACCGCUCUGUCUUAUUUUCUUUAUUAUGGAGUUACAGUGCAAAGUCCAGAACUACGAAUGGGGGAAGCUGGGCUCUGAAAGUAAGGUCGCGCAACUCUUUUCAAAUGGGAGUCCAAAUGUUACUAUUGAUCCUGAAAAGCCAUAUGCUGAAUUAUGGAUGGGAACACAUCCAAAUGGACCUUCCUUAAUUAUUGAAAGGGGUAUUUUACUAUCAGAGUACCUAAAGGAUAACCAUGAUGCUGUAGGCCCUGAUGUCAACAGAAAGUUUGGAAUUACAGUACCGUUCCUUCUUAAAGUUUUGUCAAUUCGUAAGGCAUUGUCUAUACAAGCUCACCCAGCAAAGGAUCAUGCAGAAGAACUAAAUAGACUCUAUCCUGAUAUGUAUAAAGAUCCAAAUCAUAAGCCUGAGCUGGCUAUAGCGUUGACUCCAUUUGAAGCACUUUGUGGAUUUAGGCCAGUCAAUCAAAUAAAGAAGUUUUUACAAGAUCUGCCUGAACUUGCACAAAUCUUGCCCGAGAAAAGUUUGAAUGCAUUCCUCAAUUCAGAGGGAACAGAAAAUAGUGAGAAAGAAUUGAAAUUAGUCUUUCAUUCCCUUAUGACAUGUGAUAAACAAAAUAUAACAAUGAGUUUACAAAGUUUACUAUCUAGACUGGAAAAGGAAGAUUCAUCCACUCAGAUAUUGCUGCAGUAUCAGUUGGUGCAAAGACUCCACAAAGACUUCCCAGGGGAUGUUGGAUGUUGGGCGCCAUAUUUUAUGAACUAUUUGAAGCUUUCACCUGGUCAAGCGAUAUUCCUAAAGCCGAACUUACCGCAUGCUUAUAUAAGUGGAGACUGCGUAGAAUGUAUGGCGUGCUCGGAUAACGUAGUGCGAGCUGGUCUCACGCCGAAGCACAUCGAUGUACUCACUCUUGUCGACAUGUUGGAUUACAAGAGCUACACCAACGAAGAAAUGCUGUUCACUCCGCAGUUGGAGGACGAGAACAGUUGUAUAUGGAGACCACCUGUACCUGACUUUGCUGUUGUAAGAAUAAAGGUGCAAAGCGGCGAUUCUUACAACACUAUAGUGCGACCUAGUCCCAGCGUUAUCAUCAUCACAUCCGGCUCCGGGCAUGCUUGCGACACGGAGCCGGUUCAGGCCCGGCCCGGAGUUGUUCUGUUCCUGAAGGCCAGCCGGCAACUCACGAUUACGCCCGACGAGGGAUCGCAUAUUGAGGCGUAUCAGGCUAUUUGUAAUGUUUGACCCUUACUGCCCUCACAUAUUACCUAGGCCAUGAUUCUCUAUUGCUAUCAAAAAUUUACGGUGCACAAAGCCCGGCUAGCGGCCGGCUAAAAAUUAUAAUAUAUGCAAGGGAUAAAAUUUAGAACUGAAUUGGCAGACAAAAGAUAAACUCAUCAAAAUUUUUUUUUGAAGAAAAAAAAGCUUUCAUCUUCACAGAAACCGACGCCAAACUUGUGAGUGUGUUUCUCAGACUAAUUAAAACCAUUAAAAGACAAUGUUAUAGAUCUGUAUGCAUAAAUCGUUGGGUUCCCAUUCUUAUAAAUUGUAUUGUUUGGUAGGCAUAUUUUUUGUAAUAAAAGGAAUGGUUUUACGCCUCUGUUUAUUGUGACUUAAAAUAACUUGGGGUUAUUUUUUUUUUAAUCUUGGCAAACAGUAUAGAAACUGCUUUAUCCUACCCAUUAUGAAUCGAAACUUUGCCAAAGAACGGCCACAGGGAAUUGGAGACGUUUACCCCUGUUUAUUACACGUAUAUUACAUAUACACGCAGCGCUCACCACUGUGCCACGGAGGUCGUCAAAAGUGUGGGAUAAGAUACAAUUUUAUCCUUUCUCCGAGGAGAAAUGUCCCUUAAAAAUAGAAGUUUGCUAACAUUUUGGCUAUUUGAAAUGGCUUCUGCGCAUUUCAGGUCAACUAAAAAUAUUCGAGUAGGAUUCCAUUGUUUCUGGAUUAGAAACCAAACACUUGUGUUUGCACGGGGGUUUUCAUACGUCUCUUAUUGGAAAUACAAAGUAUUUACUUACGCUUUUUAAGAUUUGGGCUUCCAAACAAAUAUACAUAAUUUUAUAGGUUUAUGAACGUAUGUUUGUUUACGUAUUUAUCUAAAACUAUUUAUUGAUCUAAUGGUCACCACUUUUCUCAAGUGUCCGCCGUGGGAAUGGUUUCCAUACUAUUCCAUACAAGGAACCUUGUUUACUUUGACAAAAAGCAUUUAGUGCCCUUUUUAAUGCCAUAGAGAAUCAUGUCCUGUGGGCUCCAUGGGACCAUCGCUUUAAUCAGUAUUAUAAUGCCAGUUAUAACAUGCCUAAACGAAAGACUAAAUAACAAGAACGUCAACGAUAUUAAAAUAAUAAUGAUAAAAGCGAUGGCUUUAUGGCUGAUGGCCCCAUAUGUGAUACCAUUAUUACUAUAGGUUUCAAUGAUUGGAAAACCGCGAAAUGGUGUCGAGUAUCGAAACAUUAAAAUGACAGCGUAAAAUAGACUCAAUUAUUAUGGUUAUAAAUCUUAAUUUCAUCUAUACAACCACAGCAAGCAGCAGUCCGUAGUGGUAACAUAGUAAACAAAUGUAUUUUGAGAAUUCGGCACUAUACAAUUGAAGCCUUUAAAUCAAGUAUUCUAAGGUUAAUUUUACUCUGGCAUUGCAGCGUUUUGAUACCUAAUCGAAACCCCUUGUGUUUUUUUGUUUUUUUGUGGUAACUGAUAAGUACAUUAUCAAUUUAGGCGGUAUGUCACUGUCGUAAAAUGUAAACAGGAUUUCCAAUACUUGGAUGGUAAGGAAAAAGUAGUAAAAGUAAUAUUUGUCAGAUUCCAUGGUGCCUUAGAUUUUUACAUUUUUAAUGAAAUAAUUCAUCUGGAAAUUUCGUCUACAAAAGUAAUGGCUUCAUGCUUUUGAUGAAAAUGCCACUAUUUUUUGCCUUUUAUGAACAAACCUAUAUAAUAUUAGUUAUAAAAUAAAAUAAGAUUUAAUUUACUUAGUAUUAUUUUGGAUCUAAUCACAAUGUUAAAUGUAAGAAACAAUGUAUUAAAAUAUUAUUGAUUAUUUUCAAUGAACGAUUGUACCU